AUGUCUGACGGGGAGGACUUAAAGACUUAUGGCUUCACGGCUCUUCCGGCCGAUCAAUCGCAAGACAAGCCCAGAACAACCAGCCCCGAGGCCGUCGCCAUCUCUUCGCUCCAGCCUCCCACCACCCCACUCGCCACGCGUGUCGACAGCUAUGUCAAGUCCAAGCUCGACGCUGACACCUACCGCCACAGUCUGCGCGUGUACUCGUACGGCUGCGCCAUCGCAAGGCAGUGCUUUCCCGAAUUUGAGGUCACGCCAGGCUCCAAACUGGACGAGACGUGGUUCUUGACCGCCAUGUUGCAUGACAUUGGCACCUGCGACGAAUUCAUGACGAGCACCCGCCUCAGCUAUGAGUUCUUUGCCGGCGUCCACGCAUUUGAUCUCCUCCAGAAUCCGCAGGUGUCGGGUGGAGGAGACGGGGUGGCGCCGCGAGAACAGGCGGAAAGUGUCGUCGAAGCCAUCAUCAGACACCAGGAUGUGCAGGACAAAGGGAAGCUGACGCUGGUCACCAGACUGAUCCACUGGGGGACGCUGUUGGAUAACAUCGGCGCCGGGAAGGAGCUGGUACACCCAGACACCAUCAACAACGUGGUGGCCGAGUACCCGCGCCCGGGUUGGAGUGGGUGUUUCAAGCGAACGGUUGAGAAGGAGAAGAAACACAAACCCUAUGCCAUGGUGAGCCGGAUCGAAGGAUUUGAAGACCUCAUUGCCAAAAAUGGAGCUCCUGGGGGUUUGAUGGCCAAGUAUGACUGA